AUGACGUCCAAGUUGAAGCGAAUGCUAAGCAUCAAGGAGCGUAGAGUCGACCGACGAGUGUCCUCAACCGGGACUUUCCCCAGCCUUUCUCGGCCGGGCUCUCCGAAUCUCCGCUCAACCCCCGGCUUCGACUCCAAGCCCUUUCCCUCCACCAUGUCGCAACCCCUCGUUAUGAAGGCCAGCCUCACCGGGCCCGCGAAACUGGAGGCUGUCGCCAGCUUAAUGGACCAGCUUAGUGAAGACUUGAAGAAGCCUACUCUACUCCCUCAUCAACGCGAUGCCGCACUCGAAGAACUCAAGAUAUAUGGACGGGAUCCGACCAAUGCGGACCCGAUCUUUACUCCAGAGGGCAUCGAGACUCUCACAAAGCAUGCUUUCAACAGCCCUUCAAACUCAACGGCUAGAGCCGCUCUGAGAGUUCUCGCCAACUCCAUGCUAUUGAACCCCAUCGCGCGACAGACAUUCGUCGAUCUCGGCUACGAGGACCAGGCCUGCAAAAAGUUGCGGAACGACAGCUUCGAUGACGAGUUCCUUGUCUCGAGGGUUCUCUUUCUUACCACGUACGGCACCAAGAUUGACUUGCUGGCCCUUGUUCAGAAACACCGGCUAGCGGAGACUAUCAUUGAAAACCUUUCCAAGCACGCCAAACUGCUGACGACUCGCCAACCAAAGGCUCCGAUCGACCCCAUGGAGGACAUGGCGCUGAAUGAGACUUUAAAAUUGCUUUUCAACGUCUCACAUUACUGCCCCUCUGAGAUGGAUGCUUUCACGGGUUGCAUACCACACAUUAUCGCCUUGCUCUGGAAACACGAUGUGCCUCCCAAUAGGCCCCUCGAUCCACCGUUCAACGCCCUCGUCAACGCCCUGCUCGAUCUGAAGCUCGAGGACAAGGAUAUCCAAGCCUUUGUAUACCCUAAGGCUGAACCCAACAUGCUGGCAGAGCGCUUGAUCGAGAUUCUGGACCCAGCAUUGAAAACCUAUCCAGACAACGAACUCGAGCAGCUUGUAACUCCGCUUGUCGGUGUCCUGCGCCGGGUCCAUGACGGUGCUCCUGAAGAAGUCAAGAAGUAUGUCAGGGACACUCUUCUUCCAACUGAGCAGGACAGGAAAGAAGUUCUCGGCCGCAGCACAUCCCUAACGUCGCGGCUGUUGCGCAAUUCGACGAAUCCUUUGACUCCUCAUCUGCGCGAGGCUAUCUCAUUUCUGCUCUUCGACAUGUCAGACAAGGACGCAUCCAAGUUUGUCGAGAACGUUGGGUACGGUUUCGCAUCGGGCUUCCUCUUUCAAAACAACAUCCCAGUCCCGGCGAAUGCAUCCGAGGCGUUCAGCACCGGCGAGGCUCAGAAGCCAGUCAACCCUAUUACUGGACAGUUUGUGGAGUCCGAGAAGCAUGUGGAGGUUCCGGAGAUGUCGGAGGAUGAGAAGCUGAGGGAGGCAGAAAGGCUUUUCGUGCUGUUCGAAAGACUCGGCAAGACGGGUAUUGUUGAUGUGCAGAACCCGGUCGAGAUGGCAGCGAGAUCAGGGCAACUUCACGACUUCGGCGACAAGCGGGUGGAGGAGGUCGAUGACUGA